CUCCGGCUGUCACCUCUCGUCUCCAACUAGAUAAUUCGUCUUUGAGUUGAAUGAGUGGACAUGAACUGAAAGACUAGAAAUUAAUAGCGAGUAUACAUCAGGCGCUUUUUGAAAACAUUUCAGCUUACAGUCAUAACAAAGAUGCAACGAUGACUCAACCACAGCUGAAUGAGUUCAUUCCCCCUCCGGAGUGCCCUGUUUUUGAGCCCAGCUGGGAGGAAUUUGCCGACCCUUUUGCGUACAUCAACAAAAUACGACCCAUUGCAGAGAAAACUGGCAUCUGCAAAGUGCGCCCGCCACCGCAAUGGCAGCCACCAUUUGCCUGUGAUGUUGACAGACUGAAAUUCACACCACGGAUACAAAGACUUAAUGAAUUGGAGGCUCAGACCAGAGUAAAGCUCAACUUCCUGGAUCAAAUAGCGAAGUUCUGGGAGCUUCAAGGAUGCACCCUGAAAAUCCCUCAUGUGGAGAGAAAGAUUUUGGAUCUUUACCAGCUGAAUAGGCUGGUAAAUGAGGAGGGAGGCUUCGAUGCCGUGUGCAGAGAGCGGCGCUGGACUAAGAUAUCCGUCAAGAUGGGCUUUGCUCCGGGGAAGGCUAUCGGCUCUCACCUGCGGGCCCACUAUGAGAGGAUCCUCUACCCAUACAACCUGUUCCAGACUGGAGACAAUCAGCCUCAGGUUGAAAGAAGUUUCACAUCAACCUUUUCCUCCUUGCAGAGAGCCACCCUGACCAACGACACUAAGGAUAAGGAGUACACCCCUCACGACCUGCCGCAGCGGCAGUCGGUGCAGCCCCAGGAGACCUGCAGCAUCGCUCGCAGAGCCAAACGCAUGAAAUCAGAAAGAGGCUGUGUGAAAACCGAACCAGGGGAAGUUUGUGAGAAUCGUCCAAAUCUCAGGAGGAGGAUGGGAACAUAUGCUGGCAAACAUGAACCUGUGCGGAUGACAGUCCCUGAGGUGAAACGGGAGCCCAUUAAAUAUGAGGAUCCAACAGUUUAUGGAGAAACUGUAUUAGACCAGAAACCUCCUUCCAGUAAAGUGGACCAGUACAUGUGCAUGGUUUGUGGCAACGAUACUGCUGAGGACCGGCUGCUGCUGUGUGACGGCUGCGAUGACAGCUAUCACAUCUUCUGUCUGAUCCCCCCCCUCCACGACGUUCCCAAAGGAGACUGGCGAUGCCCCAAGUGCUUGGCUCAGGAAUGUGGCAAGCCUGCUGUCGCUUUUGGCUUCGAGCAGGCCAGCAGGAGCUACACCCUCCAGUCUUUUGGAGACAUGGCAGAUUCCUUCAAGUCGGAUUAUUUCAACAUGCCAGUUCAUAUGGUUCCCACUGAGCUGGUGGAGAAGGAGUUCUGGCGUCUAGUCAGCACCAUCGAGGACGAUGUGACUGUGGAGUACGGAGCAGACAUCGCCUCCAAGGAGUUUGGGAGUGGUUUCCCUUUGACCACCAGCCAUUUCGAAGUCUCUCCUGAGGAUAAGCAUUACCUGAGCAGCGGCUGGAACCUGAACAACAUGCCGGUGCUGGAUUCCUCCGUGCUGACUCACAUUACAGCCGACAUCUGUGGCAUGAAGUUGCCCUGGCUGUAUGUGGGCAUGUGCUUCUCCUCCUUCUGCUGGCACAUCGAGGACCACUGGAGCUACUCAAUCAACUACCUCCACUGGGGGGAGCCGAAGACGUGGUAUGGGGCUCCAGGUUACGCCGCAGAGCACCUGGAGUCUGUCAUGAAGAACCUGGCACCGGAGCUGUUUGAGUCGCAGCCCGACCUCCUUCACCAGCUGGUCACCAUCAUGAACCCCAACACGCUGAUGAACAACGGCGUCCCGAUCUAUCGCACAAACCAAUGUGCAGGAGAGUUUGUCAUCACUUUCCCCAGAGCUUACCACAGUGGGUUCAACCAGGGCUUCAACUUCGCUGAAGCUGUUAACUUCUGCACCAAUGACUGGAUGCCCAUCGGCCGCGAGUGUGUGUCUCACUAUCGCGACCUGAGCAGGUACUGCGUCUUCUCGCAUGACGAGAUGGUUUGUAACAUGGCGUGCAAAGCAGACACGAUGGAUGUGGAGCUGGCGUCAGCGGUGCAGAAGGAGAUGACCGUGAUGGUCCGAGAGGAAGAACAACUCAGAGGGAAGAUUGACAAGAUGGGUGUGGUGCAAUCUCAACAGGUGGAUUAUGAAGUGCUCCCAGACGAGGAGCGGCAGUGCUGCAAGUGUCGGACCACCUGCUACCUGUCUGGCAUCACCUGUGCCUGCAGUCCUGGCAAGAUGGUCUGUCUGCACCACGCCCGGCACCUCUGCGGCUGUCCUCAUAGCAACAUGAUACUCCAUUACAAGUUCAAAAUGGAUGAGCUGUACUCUAUGAUGGCAUCAGUGACGCAGCGCGCAGAGUCCUAUAAAGAGUGGCUCUGUAGUGUGCAGGACAUCCUGGAGAACAAAGGAGACAAGAAAAGAGGUUUGGAAGAGCUUCACGGCCUGGUGGAGCAGGCAGAGACGAAGGCGUUCCCACAGAUCAGCCUCGUGGAUCAGCUGCGUGUCAUCGCCUCAGAAGCUGAUAAAGUUGCUGCGAUGGCCCAACAGCUUCUCAAUGGAAAGAGACAGACAAGGUAUCGUUCAGGAGGAGGAAAGUCUCAAAGCCAAAACGAGUUGACUGUUGAGGAGCUGAGGUCUUUUGUCCGACAGUUCGAAAGCCUGCCCUGCAACAUCCGACAGGCUCCUUUACUGAAGGACCUGUUGACCCGGGUGGAUGACUUCCAGCAGCGCAGCGAGGGUCUCCUCUCUGAUGAGGCUCCCAGCCCGGCGGAGCUGCAGGACCUGCUGGACGUGAGCCUGGGCCUGGACGUGGAGCUGCCCCAGCUGCCCCUCCUCAGGGAGAGGCUGGAGCAGGCCCGCUGGCUGGAGGCCGUGCAGACAGCCAGCAGCCGGACAGAAAGCCUCUGCCUGGACACCAUGAGGAGGCUGAUAGACCAGGGGGUGGGCCUGGCCCCUCACAGCUCCGUGGAGAGAGCCAUGGCUCGUCUGCAGGAGCUGCUGACCGUGUCGGAGCAGUGGGAGGAGCGGGUGCUCGGCCUCAUGGAAGCCAGACCAUGUCACAGCUUAGAAACGCUCGAGGAUGCCCUACAAGAAGUAGAAAACAUCCCUGCGUAUCUGCCCAACUGUCUGCAGCUGAAGGACGUCGUCACCAAGGCCAGGAAAUGGCUCAAUGAAGCCGAAGCACUUCAGCUCGGGGGUCGUAUUCCUGUGGUGGACAGCCUCUCUGAGCUGCUCCUCCGAGCGGAGGGCAUCCCAGCGAGGCUCAACCCGCUGAGUCGGCUGGAGGCCCUCGUCACUGACGUUCAGACCUGGAAGGAGAGCGCAGCCAAGACAUUCCUACUGAAGAACUCGCCUUUCUCUCUCCUUGAGGUGCUUUGUCCGAGGUGUGAUGUAGGAACUGUACAUCCAAAGUCGAGGACAAAAAAAGUAGCAAAAGAAGCUACACCGAUCAGUAAAAAAUCUUCAACAAAACUGGAGUCCCUUUGUGACGUGGAGAGAGCGCUCUGUGAGAGCAAGGACUCCGCCUCUGCUAUGGCCACUCUUGCUGAUGUUCGCCAGAGGGAGAUGGAGAUCUUGUUGUCUCUGCGUACUUCCAAUGAGUUCAAGUUCGUUCCUGCUGAAAACUGUAGUGCACUUAGUGUUUGCAUCUGCCAAAAGGCCCCUUCAGGUGCCAUGAUGCAGUGUGAGCUUUGUCGAGAAGUUUUCCACUGCGGCUGCGUCACAACACCCCCCGACCUCGAGUACGGCCAGGCCUGGCUCUGCCCGCUCUGCCAGCGGUCGAGGAAACCCCCGCUGGACAAAGUGCUGCCGCUGCUGUCCUCGCUGCAGAGGAUCCGGGUCCGGCUGCCAGAAGGGGACGCCCUGCGCUUCCUCAUCGAGAGGACGGUGCGAUGGCAGCACCGAGUUCAGCAGGCCUGCACCGAGGGGGCGCUGGAGAAAGUGUCUAAGACGGGGAGAGUUGGACCUGCACUAUCUUCACAUCUGACUCAGGAAAUAAACGGUUCAUUUCUCCACACGGAUCACCAGUCUGUCCCACUCCAGGGUCUUGGUCCGGAGCUGGAGGAGCUGAUGGUGGAGGGAUUCCUGCUGCAGGUCACUCUGCCUGAAACCGAGCAGCUGUACAGAUACCUGCUGUACAAACUGGCCCCCCCGCCCUCACACAGCUCCCCCUGUGGGACCAACACAGAACCGGACCAACCGCCUCAGAGAGGGAGCCCCCAACACAACAAGAAUGGAGUUUCUAGUGUAAAAAAGGAGCUGUUGAACGGUCAGAACAAAAGGACCAAGCGACGUAAGGAGAGCUCCGACUCGCAGCACAGCGAGAAGGCCAAGAAGUUCCGUAAAAAGAAAUCCAAGAAGAUCAAAGAAAGGAGCGAAGAGAAGAGCGACGAGAGGAGUGAAGAGAGGAGUGUAGAGAGGAGCGACGAGAGGAGCGAAGAAACCAAGCGAACGUGUUCUCCGUCACACACGGUGUCCGACCACGGUGCUUCAGACUCGGAUGAGGACUUCUCGCUGUGCGCUGCACCGUGGUGCAGAGAGCCAGAGGGAGACGAGGUGAACUGGGUCCAGUGUGACGGCAACUGCAAUCAGUGGUUCCACCAGGUUUGUGUUGGAGUUUCUGCUGACCGAGCAGAGAAAGAGGACUAUGUUUGCAUAAGCUGCACACAGCCAGAGUUCGACAGAGGGAAAUGAAGACCAAAAAGUGACUUUGAAGGAUCAGCAGCUUUUGUUGCAAGCCGCAGCACUUAACGUGCACACCUGAACUCUGUGUGCUCCUGUUGCUUCUCCCCCUUUACCUUCUGGCUUGCCCUUUAAUGAACUUAGUGAACCUGGUGCUAUUUACUGUUUUUAUUUCCUCCAGAGUUACAAAAGACUUCUGUCACUGUUUUUCUUCACAUGGCUGAUUUUUCAGCCAAUCAACUAAUCCUUUCUGCAACUUUCCAAGACUCGAUGCAGAUGUACAAAACAGCAAAAUGUUUCAACAGCGCAGGGAUUUUUCAACCAAAAACAAAAUGACAAUUUGACGUCACAUUUUAGAACUGCUUUUUUUAUUUUACAUACAUCUGAACAAUGUGAAACUUAUCUUUCUCUUGUAGAGUAAAUAUUAUUUAUCCAAGCAAUAACUGAACUGAUGAAUUGAGGUUCAGUUUUCACCAGAGGUAUAUUUGUGCUCAGAAAUUCUUUGAGAGAAUGCCUUCUUGAAGCAAAAACCCUGAAGAAUUCACUUUAUGAAUCCUAUGAUAUUACACAGUUCAAUUUUAAAUGUGUGAACAGAACUUGUAUCAGAAACCAGAGCAUCUGUUUGUCUGAGAUUGUUUAUAUAAUACUUUCAAAAGUAAGCACCUAAUAUUUGCCCAUAUCCCUUAACAAAUCAUUGACUUCACCAUAAAGUCUGGUUCCCUAUUGCGCUGUCUGCAGAGGGAAACAAGAGUCUUGUCGCCGGGUGAGCCUGCGAUUAUGUUCACAAAAUAAUAAUGAACUGUCCGACAUCAAAGGAAUGUACAUUUUGUUUUAGGGUGGAUUUUCCCUUUUAUGGUUUAGAUGAAAAUAUUGUGUUGACUUAGAUUUAACACACUGUGUGAUUAAUUGCCACGGGUAUAUGACCUUUUUCUGCUCCUUUCGGUAAAUAAUAUAAUUAAUAUGUUGCAGUUUGCAUUAUAAAAUUAAAAAAAUAUUUGUUCCCAUA